AAAAGGAACGACCACCAAGCCGACCUUUUUACAUUUGAUGCACGCUGAUAACUUCACAUCCGGAUUCAUCAAACUCGUUGGCAGUUAUGGCGGCGUUUUCUGAAAUGGGUGUUAUGCCUGAGAUCGCCCAGGCUAUCGAGGAGAUGGGAUGGCUCCUCCCUACGGACAUCCAGGCAGAGUCAAUCCCUCUGAUUUUGGGAGGCGGAGAUGUCCUCAUGGCGGCUGAGACUGGCAGCGGGAAGACAGGGGCUUUCAGUAUCCCAGUGAUCCAGAUUGUCUUUGAGACUUUGAAGGACCAGCAGGAAGGGAAGAAAGGGAGGGCUGCCGUGAAGACAGGUGGACCAGUCUUCAACAAAUGGCAGAUGAACCCAUAUGACCGAAGCACAGCUUUUGCCAUUGGGCCGGACGGACUGUGUUGCCAAAGCAGGGAGUUCAAGGAAUGGCAUGGAUGUCGCUCUACCAAAGCUAUCACCAAGGGAAAGUACUACUAUGAGGUGACUUGUCAUGAUCAGGGACUGUGCCGGAUCGGUUGGUCCACCAGCCAGGCAUCUCUGGACUUGGGUACUGAUAAGUACAGUUUUGGCUUUGGAGGAACUGGGAAGAAAUCGCACAACAAACAGUUUGACAGCUAUGGAGAGGAGUUCACCAUGCAUGACACCAUAGGAUGCUACCUGGACCUCGACAACGGACACAUGUCCUUCUCCAAGAAUGGUAUGGAUUUAGGCUUGGCGUUUGAUAUCCCAGCUCAUCUGAAGAACCAGCCGUUCUUUGCGUCCUGUGUUCUCAAGAAUGCAGAGCUGAAGUUUAAUUUUGGGGGGGAGGAGUUUAAGAACGCUCCUAAAACAGGCUUCGUAGCGCUCCAACAGGCCCAGGAUGGACAUGUGGUCAAGUCCAGCCAGACAGGUACUGCGAAGAUGUCGGAGGUAAAAGCCUCGUCCAGUGGUCCCAAGGCUCUGAUCAUUGAGCCCUCUAAAGAGCUGGCUGAACAGACACUCAACAACGUGAACCUGUGUAAGAAAUACGUGGAAAACCCCAAACUCAGAGAUUUGCUGAUCAUCGGCGGUGUCCCUGCUAAAGACCAACUGUCCACUCUGGAACAUGGCGUGGACAUCGUGGUGGGAACCCCAGGACGUUUGGAUGACCUCAUCUCUACUGGGAAACUCACCUUGUCCCAAGUCCGCUUCCUGGUUCUGGAUGAGUGUGAUGGGCUGCUGACUGCCGGCUACACAGACUUCAUCAUGCGAGUCUAUAACCAGAUACCCCAAGUCACCUCCGAUGGCAAGAGACUGCAGGUGAUCGUUUGCUCAGCCACGCUACACUCCUUUGACGUGAAGAAGCUGUCUGAACGCAUCAUGCACUUCCCCACCUGGGUGGACCUGAAGGGGGAGGACUCGGUCCCGGAGACCGUCCACCACGUAGUCGUCCCGGUCAACCCCAAAGUGGACCGGAGCUGGGAGCAUCUCGACCGCAAGAAACAUAUCCAGACUGAUGAGGUCCAUGCUAAAGACAACACCAGACCAGGAACCAACUCCUCAGAGAUGUGGUCGGAGGCCAUCAAGGUGUUGAAGGGGGAGUACACCGUCAGGGCCAUUAAAGAACACAAGAUGGACCAAGCCAUCAUCUUCUGUCGCACCAAGAUAGACUGUGACAACAUGGAGCAGUACUUUAUACAGCAAGGAGGAGGCCCAGAUAAAAAAGGACACCAGUUUUCCUGCGUCUGUCUCCAUGGUGACAGGAAGCCCAAUGAACGCAAGACCAACCUGGAGCGGUUCAAGAAACAAGAAGUUAAAUUCUUGAUCUGCACAGACGUGGCGGCCAGGGGCAUCGACAUCCAUGGGGUUCCCUAUGUGAUCAACGUUACGCUGCCAGAUGAGAAGCAGAACUACGUCCAUCGCAUUGGCCGAGUGGGGAGAGCCGAGAGGAUGGGCUUGGCUAUCUCCCUUGUUGCCAUGGAGAAAGAAAAAGUGUGGUAUCAUACGUGUGCGAACCGGGGCAGGGGCUGUUACAACACCAGACUGAAGGAAGAUGGAGGAUGUACCAUCUGGUACAACGAGAAGGAGCUUCUGUCAGACGUAGAGGAGCAUCUGAAAUGCACCGUUACUCAGUGUGAACCUGACAUCAAGGUCCCAAUCGAUGAAUUUGAUGGGAAGGUUACCUACGGCAAGCGCAGAGCAACAGGAGCGGGAGUCCACAGUGGACAUGUGGAUGCAUUAGCUCCCACAGUUCAGGAGUUAGCCAACCUGGAGAGAGAAGCUCAAACCUCCUUCCUCCGUCUUGGGUACCUGCCCAACCAGCUGUUCAAAGCCUUCUAAACACACACACCUGUCAAAACCACAUGCACUCACCUGGUGUGUGUCUGUGCUGUAAUCAGAUCCUCCAAUGAGAAGACUAGCAGUCAACCUUUCGCUGUUUACAACAACCCAAUACUGAAAGCAGAAUGCAGUAAGUCUACAGGAUGCUCAAGAUUUUACUUAUUUGGGGGUAACAGAUGUCAUAGAUUUAUUUAAUAUAGUAUGAAAUUAAGUUUGAAAUAAAAUGUGGCCCAUCGUCUGGACAUUUACCAAAGGAACUGGUAUAUUUAAGAUGGGGGGGAAAAAAUAUUGAUAUGGCAACGGCCUCUUGUUUUCGUUUAAUUUUAUGACUCUGAUUCCAACACUUUGUUUCAGUGAAGCAUUACCUUUCAAGCAACUGUCUCAAUAUAAUUAACAAAGCUACAUAAGAAUAUAACUAUGCUCUGUUAUGACUUGAAAUAAAUAUGGAUUCCGAUCGUGUUUCUUCUUAUGCACGGUCAUUCAUUGAGCAGGAA